UGAUCCGUAGGAAAGUUGCGCUCGGACCUUCCCCAGCCUCCUGCUUCCUCCCCCCGGCCCUGCUGGUGAGUUGGAGUCGGGCGGGGAGGAGCCGGGCAGAGACCUGCGAAGUCUCGGGUCCAGGAGCCGGCUUCCCUUCCCCGUGGGACUCAGCACCCGGGGAGGCUCCGGGUCCAGGUCCUCAGGGCCGGGAACAAACUUUCUGGAUGGUCCCGGGACACUUGUCGGGCAAGUCCGGCACCGCGAGGGGAGGAGGAGCCAGGCCAGGGGGGACAGAUUUUGAAAGUCUUCCUGGAGUUUCCAGCAGUGCCAAGUGUUGGAGAAAUUUUUUCUGUCCCUCUGAUAGUGAAGUGAGGAAAAACAACCCCGCAGGAGGCGAUUGAAGAGUGGUCACAGAAAGAACCUUGAAAUGAGCAAUUUGUGUGGCAGAGCCAGAGUUAUCACUACUAUUUUUCCUACCAGUUUAAUAAAUGAAAACUAAUAACACCGUGAGCAGGUCUACCUGAAACCCAAGUUUUGGAAGGUGACAAUGAAAUGUGAAGAAGUUACAUUUCUAAUGUGAUACUUGAAAGUUAGUGACUGCUUGCAAAAUUUUGAUGAAAAUUAAAUAUGACUUAGAAGCAUUGCUUUAUGAAGGUUUAUGAUGUCAUCGGUUGCGACUGAACGCAAACUCCAGCAGGCUGUGAGCCUGCAGGGAGUUGACCCAGAAACAUGCAUGAUUGUAUUUAAAAACCACUGGGCGCAGGUUGUGAAGAUCUUAGAGAAGCACGACCCCUUGAAGAACACCCAGGCAAAAUACGGAUCCAUCCCUCCAGAUGAGGCCAGCGCAGUGCAGAAUUAUGUAGAACACAUGCUCUUCCUGCUGAUUGAAGAACAAGCCAAGGAUGCUGCCAUGGGGCCGAUUCUGGAAUUCGUGGUCUCUGAGAACAUUAUGGAGAAACUCUUCCUUUGGAGCUUGAGGCGGGAGUUUACUGAUGACACUAAAGUCGAGCAGCUGAAGAUGUACGAGAUGCUGGUCACCCAGUCGCACCAGCCUCUGCUGCACCACAAGCCUAUUCUGAAGCCCCUGAUGAUGCUGCUGAGCUCUUGUUCAGGAACAGCCACCCCCGCCGUGGAGGGGAAACUGGUUGUCCUGCUCAACCAGCUCUGUUCCAUCCUUGCCAAAGAUCCGUCCAUCCUGGAACUCUUCUUCCACACGAGUGAGGACCAAGGGGCGGCCAACUUCCUCAUCUUCUCCCUUCUAAUUCCCUUUAUUCACCGCGAGGGGACUGUGGGUCAGCAGGCCCGGGACGCUUUGCUUUUCAUCAUGUCUCUCUCUGCCGAGAACAGCAUGGUGGCGCAUCACAUCGUGGAGAACACCUACUUUUGUCCAGUGCUUGCAACUGGGCUCAGUGGUCUCUACUCUUCCCUGCCUACAAAGCUAGAAGAGAAAGGCGAGGAGUGGCACUGCCUCCUGAAAGAUGACUGGCUCCUACUCCCUUCCCUCGUCCAGUUCAUGAACUCCCUGGAGUUUUGCAAUGCCGUCAUUCAGGUGGCUCAUCCUUUGAUUCGUAACCAGCUUGUAAAUUAUAUUUACAAUGGGUUCUUGGUACCAGUCUUGGCUCCUGCCCUCCACAAGGUGACUGUGGAGGAGGUCAUGACCACAACCGCCUACUUGGACCUUUUUCUGCGUAGCAUCUCCGAGCCAGCGCUACUUGAGAUCUUCCUCCGUUUUAUCCUGUUGCACCGGCACGAGAAUGUUCACAUCCUAGACACUCUCACCAGUCGAAUCAACACCCCAUUUCGGCUCUGUGUGGUGUCCCUGGCAUUAUUUAGGACUCUCAUCGGUUUACACUGUGAGGACGUGAUGUUACAACUAGUUUUGAGGUACCUGAUCCCUUGCAACCACAUGAUGCUGAGUCAGAGGUGGGCUGUGAAGGAGAGAGACUGCUACUCGGUGUCUGCGGCCAAGCUGCUCGCCCUGACCCCAGUCUGCUGCUCCAGCGGGAUCACCCUGACACUUGGGAACCAAGAGAGGGAUUAUAUCCUCUGGUCAAAGUGUACGCACGAUAGUUCAGGGCCCCCGGAGCAGCCGCUCCCCGAGGCGUCCUCCCCAUCGGCCUGCAUCGUGGAGUACGGCAAAGCCCUGGACAUCAGCUACCUGCAGUACCUCUGGGAGGCCCACGCCAACAUCCUCCACUGCAUGAGGGACUGCCGGGUCUGGUCCGCCCUCUACGACGGAGACUCCCCGGACCCUGACACCUUUCUCCAGAGUCUGACGGAGGAGAGCACCACCGGCCCCGCCUGCCCCGAGCUCAGGCUCAGGCUUCCCCAGCAGCUCCCCAGGGAGACGGGGCCUCAGCUGCUUCCCAGAAAGGACAGGGGCCACACGGAACUGGAGUGGGACGACAGCUAUGACACCGGGAUCUCCUCGGGGGCCGAUCUGGAGAAUCCUAGCCCCCCGGCACCAAUCGAUCCCCCCAAACACAUCCAGGAGAUGAAGAAGAACGCCAUCCUGCGCUUCAAAGGGUCGUACAUCGAGGAGUCCGACUUCCAGGACGACGUGAUGGUGUACAGGUUGUGUGCGGAGAAGGACGCCGAGGACACCAGAAAGUCACAGGAGGAGCCUGCACGGCCCCCGGCCCAGGGCCAGACCGAGGGGCAGAGUCCCCCCACGGACAACGGCCCCCUGCCCAGCCCUCAGCCAGAGACAGACUCCGAGGAGGAGCAUCACAGGGACGACUCAGACGCGGUUCCCAAUGUGUCCGAGGAGCCACCACCGGAGAAGGGGCCCCAGGUGGCCCCGGAAUCCAACGCAGAGUCAGCACCCCCUGUCUCCGAGGCAGAGCACGGUGCAGACCCGACGGCGAUUGACCCUGAGGGUGAAGAUUUCAUUGCCCAGUACGACCAGAUCAUUAAAGAACUGGACUCUGGCACACAGGGCUUGAUGGGGCAGAAUUUCUCUUCCCAGGGACCUGAUCCCUUGCUCCUCCCAGAAGAGCGAGAGGGGAAGGAAGAGAGCAAAGGAGAGCAGGAGCAGGAGGAGGGGAGGAAGGACCUGGAGGAGGAGGAGGAGGAGGAGGAUGACUUUGACUCUCUGAUGGUGGAAGCUCCUGCCGAAGAGACCGUGCCGUCCCCCUUUGGGGUGAGAGAGGAGGCCGACUGUGCCAGUCGCCGUCCCGUGAGGACUCAGAGCGCCCCGUUCACAGGCCCGUUCAUCAGCGUGGUCCUGUCGAAGCUGGAGAACAUGCUGGAGAACUCUUUGCACGUUAACUUGCUGCUCAUCGGGAUCAUUACGCAGCUAGCCAGCUACCCGCAGCCACUCCUGCGCUCCUUUCUGCUCAACACCAACAUGGUCUUCCAGCCCAGCGUCCGCUCUCUCUAUCAGGUGCUAGCAUCUGUGAAAAACAAGAUUGAACAGUUUGCUUCUAUGGAGAGAGACUUCCCAGGGCUCCUCAUACAAGCCCAGCAAUACCUGCUCUUCCGAGUGGACAUGUCCGACGUGACAGCUGAGUCACUACCCAAAGAUCCCACUCAGGAUGCUUCCAGGACGGGAGCUGGCAGGAGCCUUCUGGAUGGUCCCCCACGGGUGCUCCAGCCCUUCCUGACAAGCAGAGCCACGGGGGCGGGGGUGCCGCCCAGCCUGCCCCUGCCGGUGAGGAACACCAUGCUGGCCGCGGCCCUCUUCCCGGAGUUCCUGAAGGAACUGGCUGCCCUGGCCCAGGAACACUCCGUUCUCUGCUACAAGACCCUGGCGGACUUGGAGGACUCCCAUUGUUAGCUUUUUUUUUUUUUAAUAGAGGUUCUUGUUUUUUAAGGUUUUAGUGUCUUGACUGAAUGUUAAAUGCAAAGCUGCUUACAAAGAUUUCUACUUUGAUGUUUCCUGACAAUACUUGAUUUGUGGGGAGGGGACCUUCUGGGCACCUCCUCUCUCUCUUGCUGGGCCUUCCCACCCUGCGUCAUACAGAAUGUAAGUCUCAUAAGCUGGCUGCUCCUUGGGCGGGUUUUCUUUGCUCAGUUCUCCCUCCUCAAAUACUUGGGUUGUUAUGCUCUCAUCCCUUUGAGUCGACUCUUCUUGCAGCGUAGAGCACACCAAGCGAAUAUUGGGGUUCAGUGACUUCUGGAAGUACUCCUUGUCAGGUCGGCUCUUCAAUGGCACAUGAAGAAAGCACACCCUUUCCUGUGGCCUUCUGCAUUUUGGCUUCCAUUUUACCAAAGGGAAGAAUAAAAAUGGAGCCUCCAUCACGUAAGCACGUUAUAA